GCCAACCCAGGGCAUGUUCCGAGACUACGGGGAACCCGGACCGAGCUCCGGCGCCGGCGGUGCGUACGGCGGCCCGACGCAGCCCCCGGCCACAGGCCAGCAGGGAUCAAACCUGCAUCUCCUGCAUUGGCAUCAGAAAUGUAGUCAGACUGUUUAUCGCUGAGUCACCAGGGAAGCCCUUAAAAUGAAGAUACUGUUGUGCAAAUUAUAAGGAAAGUUCCACCUCGUGCCAAGCAUCAACACUGUGAGUGGCAACCAGGAGCUGCAGUGGAUGGUUCAGCCUCACUUCCUGGGACCCAGCAGCUACCCCAGGCCUCUGGCCUAUCCCCCGUACAGUCCCCCGCAGCCCCGGCCAGGAGUCAUCCGGGCCCUGGGCCCAACUCCAGGGGUGCGUCGCCGGCCCUGUGAACAGAUCAGCCCCGAGGAGGAGGAACGCCGUCGAGUGAGGCGAGAGAGGAACAAGCUAGCUGCGGCCAAGUGCAGGAACCGGAGGAAAGAACUGACCGACUUCCUGCAGGCGGAGACCGACAAACUGGAAGAUGAGAAAUCUGGACUGCAGCGAGAGAUUGAGGAGCUGCAGAAGCAGAAGGAGCGCCUGGAGCUGGUGCUCGAAGCCCACCGCCCCAUCUGCAAAAUCCCGGAAGGGGCCAAGGAGAGCGAACCCAGCGGCACAGGCGGUGCCAGCGGCAGCAGCAGCCCGCCAGGCCCCUCCCGCCCUGUGCCAUGUAUCUCCCUUUCCCCAGGGCCUGUACUUGAACCCGAAGCAUUGCACACUCCCACGCUCAUGACCACACCCUCCCUGACUCCUUUCACCCCCAGUCUGGUCUUCACCUACCCCAGCACGCCAGAGCCCUGUGCCUCAGCUCAUCGCAAGAGUAGCAGCAGCAGUGGGGACCCCUCUUCUGAUCCCCUGGGCUCCCCAACCCUCCUGGCCUUAUGAGGCACUCCAGCUCCUGCUCCCUGUGGGUGCCACCCUAACCAGUAUUUCCCUGCUCAUUAGUCCAGC